AUGCGACUCCAACUUACCUGCGUAGACAUUGGCUACAUAGGCCUCACCCUCCUCGUUUUCGAGGGUGCACUCGCAACAAAUUUGAAUCUGUUGGUGCAUCAUCUAGCCCUCAGCAUCGUUUUGGCUACGACGGGUGUGGUCGUGCCCGUCGGAGCUAGCUUCCUCUUUCUCCGAAACAUUGGCUACUCGAACAUGCAGGCCUUUGCCGCAGGGGCAGCUCUCUCAGCUACCUCCCUAGGCACAACAAUCACCAUUCUCAAGAAUAGUGAUGCGCGUGCGCAGAACAAGAGAGAAAUGGGCAUCUUUGCUACCGCCAUCUCUACUGUUCUGCUCUCUGUCGCUAUCAUCGAUGAUGUUGUUGGCCUGAUCAUGGCAUCCAUCAUCAUUAGCGUCGAAAACGACCCGGGUCACCGACAAUCCCUGGGAUGGAUCAUCGGCCGGCCCGUCCUUUCGAGUGUCGGGCUCGCCAUGAUCAUCUUUGUGCUCGCCAAGAUCCUCGAACGCCUCCCACUCGAGCGACUCUGGGAGCCAGAGAUUGUUCGACACUACGAACGACGAAUCAACAUCACCGUGAUGCUUUGCAUCCUCACCGGAAUCUGCAGCGCCGCAGCCUAUUCGGGUUCGUCUAUUAUCUAUGGCGCUUUCCUCGCUGGGCUCUUCCUCGGCCACAUCGGAUCCGGCCAGAACAACCGCACAGACCUCGGUGAGCCCUCGACCGAUCAACGAGAAGACCACGGCCAGCAUCCACCAAACUUUUUCAACGUGCACCAACGUGCGCUAUCCAAGACACAGGAGUUGAUCCUAUCGCCAUUCUUCUUUGCUUCCAUAGGAUUUGCGAUCCCGUUUCGCGACCUAUGGAAACCGACAGUCGUCUGGCAGGGUCUUCUCUACGCGGUACUUAUGAUCGUUGCGAAGAUGGUCGUGGGUGCCUGGAUUCCGCUGUGGAAACCAAUGGGUCGCCUCUUCCACUCGCGGCGAAAGUCGUCCUCGGCAGACGUCGAAUGUGCAGAGAAACAAUCGACCAAAAGCACCGGAAACAGAGGCAUGUUGAUACCUGGUGCGUUUAUAGGCGUUGGAUUGAUAGCGCGUGGUGAACUUGGACUGCUAAUCUGCCAACUCGCCUACGAUGGUGGCAGAGGCCCAUUCAACGACGAUCUAUUCGCUAUCACUUUGUGGUCACUCGUGGUGACUACAAUUGCUGGACCACUGCUGGUUUCACUCGUUCUCAGACGAGGCCGAGAGAAGAUCCUCGCCGGACCAUGGGGUCGUGAUGAGGAACAUUCUUAA